AUGGCUAAUAAUUUAGAAAAUGCAUUCUCCCAUAUACUCAUCUUUGUAGGUUCACUCACAAUAUUUCUAGUGACUCCUUCGUCUUGUUUUAAACUCAAAAAUAUUGUUAGUAUUACCUCUAACUUCUCAUCUGAUUCAGAGUUGUUGUCUUCAGAGGCUACUUGGUAUGGACCUCCCAAUGGUUAUGGAAGUGAAGGCGGUGCUUGUGGAUAUGGAAAAGCAGUUGGUAGGCGUCCAUACAAUUCAAUGAUAUCAGCGGGAAAUCCUUUCCUCUACCAAUCAGGCAAAGGUUGCGGCUCAUGUUUCCAGGUGAAAUGCAUAGGAAAUUCUCUUUGCUCAGGAAAUUUUCUAUUAGGAACCACAAUUGAGUCUGGAAAAAUGUUUGUGGCCAAUGAUGUAAUUCCUCUGGGUUGGAAGCCUGGUCAAACUUUCAGAGCAACUAAAAGUUUUAAUUAA